UGAGCCCUUUUUUGGUCAAUGACCAAAACCUACCAAAACAGUACAGCUUUCCCUUCUUUGGCAUUUGAAAGACUCAAAGUUUCUUUCUUCUCAGGAACAAUGACCAUUGAAGAACCUGAACCAAACCCCACCUCAGAUCAUAUUCUGGACUGGCUUGAGGACUCGUUAACGUUCCUCCCUUCGUUCCUUGAUGAUCCCUACCACGCUGGCGGUAUCGAUACUUAUCAGUGGUGGACACAAGGAGAGAAUUUAGUCCAAGAACAGCUGAUUAGUGCUAGUGUUAGUCCUGUGGAGAACAUAAAUGUUACAACUAGCACUAAUGCUACUGGCAUAACGCCUAGUGAUCUUUCUACCAUUCCAAGCCCUCCACGGCCGUCGGAUCCUUCCAGGAAAAGGAGGAAUGCCGAUGACCCUCUUCCAAGAUCAUCACAAAGUCAGCAGCAGAGGAAGAAUCAUGGCCGUCGGAUCAAUGAAAGUUAAGAAGGGGAUGAAGAAAUUGUGACAGUUAAGAGGUCAGUUGGUAACAAGAAAACCUCAAACAAGUCUUCAGGAAACAACAAUACUAACGGUAAUAACAAGGAUGGUAGAUGGGCAGAGCAGUUGCUUAACCCUUGUGCCAUGGCGGUCACAGCAGGCAACCUGACACGUGUCCAGCACCUAUUGUACGUCCUCCACGAGCUUGCCUCACCUACCGGUGACGCCAAUCACCGGCUGGCGGCUCACGGACUCAAAGCCAUGACUUAUCAUUUGUCUUCGUUAUCAUCUUCCUCUUCAACAUCUACCUCAAUAGGAGCUGUUACUUUUGCUUCUACAGAACCAAAAUUCUUCCAAAAAUCUUUACUCAAUUUCUAUGAUAAGAGUCCAUGGUUUGCCUUUCCUAACAACAUUGCAAACUCUUCCAUCCUUCAAAUUCUUGCUCAAGAACACGACAAUUCGCAGAAUCUUCACAUUCUUGAUAUUGGAGUCUCUCAUGGUGUGCAAUGGCCUACACUUCUUGAGCCCCUGACCAGAAGACCAGGAGGUCCUCCUCCUCUAGUUCGCCUAACAAUUGUCGCUCCAAGUGUUGAAAAUGACCAAAACACUGAAAUCCCAUUUUCAGUUGGUCCGCAAGGUGACAAUUAUACUUUACAACUUCUCACUUUUGCCAAGUCUAUGAACAUAAACUUACAAAUCAACAGACUAGAUAACCACCCUUUACAGAAUCUUAAUGCACAAGUCAUCGACCUCUCCCCUGAAGAAACAUUAAUCGUUUGCGCGCAAUUUAGACUGCAUCAUUUGAAUCACAACACCCCAGAUGAAAGAACUGAAUUCUUGAGAAUGAUAAAAAGCUUGGAGCCAAAAGGAGUAAUUCUUAGCGAAAACAACAUGGAUUGCAGCUGCAGCAAUUGUGCGGACUUUGCAACAGGUUUUGCGCGGCGAGUGGAGUACUUAUGGAGGUUUUUGGACUCAACAAGUGCUGCAUUCAAAGGGCGAGAGAGCGAAGAAAGGAGAGUAAUGGAAGGGGAGGCGGCGAAGGCGUUGACAAACAGGGGAGAGAUGAAUGAAGGGAAGGAGAAAUGGUGUGAGAGAAUGAAAGAAGUGGGGUUUGUUGGAGAAGUGUUUGGAGAAGAUGUGAUUGAUGGAGGGAAGGCUUUGUUGAGGAAGUAUGAUAGUAACUGGGAAAUGAGAGUUGAUGAGAAAGAUGGGUGUGUUGGGUUGUGGUGGAAAGCUCAGCCUGUUUCUUUCUGCUCACUGUGGAAGCUGGAGAUGAAAGUAAAUGAGAUUAGAUCAAAUACAUAACUAUCCGUUCUUACUUUUUAUUUUAUCUACAAGAAUUUCUGUGUAACUUUUGAACAAGAUUCAGCCAUGCAUUAGAAUGCUGAUUUUGUAAUCCUUGUUCUUGUUUGGCAGCUCUUUUAGUUUAUCAGUGAAUGUUUCUGUUGUACUCA